AUGCCCGAAACAACUCCCCGCAAACGGCCCCCUUCCCCGCAGAACCACAAAAUUUUCGAUGCCUGGAACUCCGCUUCAACCGGCCACCAGAGAGCUAAAGGUGCCUACGCAGGAACAUCAUCAUGGCGAGAGACCCGAUCACUAAAACUCGAGCGCCAGUUCCGGAGCGGGGACUGUCUACGUGAAGAAGACCAUGUACCCUCGUCACGGGCGCGCGCAUUCGAUGGGAUCUGCACACCGCAUACAGACGAUAAGGUACAGGAUCAGAAUGAUGUCAAUGGCUCUGGGGAGUGGAGGUGGGUUAGUGAUGUGGAAGCAAAGAGGUCACGGUUGGGUGUUCAAGAUAUUCGCAGUUUCAUGGGUGUUGGAAAGCGGAAAUCCGAUGAUGAGAUGCUGCAAAGGACAAAGAAGACGAAGGUUGAUUCUGGUGCCGAGCUACGAGCGGAUGGUGCGGAUGGCCGCGUGAAAGCGAAUCUGGCUAGCAUAUCCCGACCAUCCAAUGCAGAUCCGUCAUCUGUGAACUCUUCGAUAUUCCUCGGAGCAACGGUGUUUAUUAACGGGUCGACCCUCCCGUUAAUAUCGGAUCAUAAAGUCAAACGUCUUCUGGUUGAACAUGGCGCUCAGAUCUCUAUUCACAUGGCGCGCAAGUCGGUCUCGCAUGUGAUUAUUGGGCAGCCGAAUGCGAUAUCCAACGAGGCUACCCUCGGGGCUGGUGGGGGACUUUCGGCUCGGAAACUUCAGCAAGAGAUUGCGAGAGGUGGGUGGAAGGGCGUGAAGAUUGUUGGUGUGGAAUGGAUCCUGGAGAGCAUUAAAGCUGGGAAACGGCUUGCUGAGUCCCAGUUUGUUGUUAUGAAUGUCGCACCGAAGGGACAGCAGAGUGUUGCUGGGAUGUUUGGCCGUCGGUAA